AUGCUGUCUGCUUUCACCCAAGCAACGAAAGAGAACUUCAUCGGGCGGCAGGUUCUUUCAAACAACCGCACGCUGGAUCACUUCCACGGUGUUACGGCGCAAGCAGUCGUUCUCCAAGGUGGACUGAAUCUCGACGCCGUCAACGAGCGCCUCCAGGUUCUAUCUGACGAGAAUGUGGAAUUCCUUCCACGAACGCCCUCCGAAGCGAGCACAGUCGACCCUCCGUCUCCACUAGAAGGUGAAGAGCUCGUCCAGUUCUACAGAGAGGAGGAAGCUCGAUUUCGACAAGAACUCAUCGAGACGGGAUGCCCUCCAUGCCACCCACCGGAUUACACAUUUCCGUACGACACAGAGGACAGGUUGCCAAAAGAGCAUCCUGCUGCUAUGUUUCACAUCAUCAACGAGCGGAAUGGCCAUGGCUUUAUGCCGCUUGUUGACCAGCUACGAGAAUGGGACGAGUUUCGCGACUUCCAGAAACGAGUACGGGAAGACUUUCAAAACGAUCCAAAACACCGCACUCCAGAGUACAUGCUGGAGGAAUACAUGCUCGACGGCCGCUACCUGUUGAAGCGACGCAAAUUUAACGAGUCGGCGUCUCUCGUCGACUGGUCGCUUGAUGUCGCAAAGCAAUCCCGCGUGCAGAACUGGCUCGAGUACCAGGUGAGAGAGAUAGGGCUCAGAAAAUCAAUGUGGGCCAUAGCAAGGCAUAACAUCAGAGGCGCAUACGACGCGGAGGCUCGGCAGUGGCACGUGAAUUACGAGAAACGCCGUAUUGCCGCACACGGGGCGAUGUUGGUCUGGAUGGAAGAGCAGCGGGUCAUCAUGUCUGCAGCAGAGAAGAACGGCACAUCAUCCAAAACAACGAGAGAGCAACCGGUCCCGGACGAGGAAGGCACUGGCCACGGCGAUACCAGCGAUCACGAAGCCGCUGGUACAACAUUGGCAUCAGCCCUUGCCGGCUGUCGGCGAUCCAGCCGACUCCGAACUCGCCCAGGUUCUACCGAUGCGGAAUCGAACGAGAAGAAGAAGCAAUCUGUGUCUUUCUUGCGCCCUCGACAAACGUGGCACAAGGACCAGCAGCAACCACCGGCUGCCGUUAUACCGCAUUCACAACGGUCGCAAGUGUCGCCUGAGACAAGGCAGCCGCCAGCAGGGCCCGGCAUCAAAGCAGCGACUCGCCAGCGUCCUCGUCCUAAUGGGGCUCAGCGGAGGAGUGCCGGCAUCACGAAGAAACAGAAGGCCACUACACGUCCCGUCUACACAAGAUACGGACGGCAGAUACGACAACCGGACCGACUGGGUUGGACGUAA